GGCGUGGCGAAUAGCUUGUGGACACUCAGGAAAUUGAAGCAUUACGACCAGCCGCUGUUGGACACCUUUUCCAAACGGAUUGCAGUGAACUGUAGGAACUUCAAAGUGCAGGAACUGGUGAACAGCGUUUGGACUUCUGCCACCUUGCAGUGCUUGGACUUGACGUUGUUGAAGGUCGUUGAAGGCGAGAUGAUGGCCCGAUGCGAAGGAUGCAGCGAGAAGAGACAGAUCCAACCACAAGACGUGUCCAACUUGGUUUGGUCCCUAAGCACCUUGCGGGAAAGACCCCUACCGCUGCUGAUGCGCCUGGCUUCGCGGGCGCCGGCGACGGAGUUCGAGGCGCAGCAUUUGGCGAACGUCGCGUGA